GAUCUAUUCACAAGCUUCCCCAAAUAGAAUAUUAAUCAAAAUAUUUCACUUCAGUUCAGACUGUGCACAGAGGAAACCAAAACUUCCACCUCGGUGUUCUCAGUUUUAAAGAUAAAAUCAGAGGUUAAAAUAAAGUUUCUGUUUUGUUCUGCUGUUGACUGAAUCACUUUUGCAUGAAGAUUUGCUCACAUUAAUCAAAGUCAGUAGUGAAAAUCUGAUGUGUUUUUUGACUUAAAAGUAUUUUUUAUUAAAGUUAUAAAAUCCUGUAAUAAUAAUAAUAAUACGGUUAUGUAUGUGGAGGCCAAGUCUAUGUUCACAAGAUUAUAAAAUUGACACAAAAAUGUUUUUCAAAUAUGAUUUCCUGUGCACCACAAAUUAAUAUAAAUGCUUGUAAUAUAGUUGCUUAUGCUGUUUGUUUUUUUUUGGUUUUGUUUUGUUUUUUUUGUUUUGUUUUGUUUUUAGGGGGUUGGGUUUUUUUAAAGCAUGCUGUUUUAUUAAAGCUAAUAAAAGCUUCUUUGGGUGUUAUAAAAGAUAUCAAUUAAACAGAUUUUUAAUUGUAACAGAUUAGCAGCUGCUUUAUAUUUUUGAAAUGUUCAAAAUAGGGUUUUUUCCCCCAUAUAGAUGACUAGAGGUGUGAAAUUCUACUUACCAUUAAAUGCAUAAAACAUGCAUAAAAAAUUAGGUCUUAGCAAGUGGAAAUAUCUUACAUAUAGGCAAAUCUAUCUAAUAUUCAUCUUUAUGAAGUGAUUAUAAAACAAAUAUAAGAGUAUUCAGCCUAUUUCUACAUAUAUUUGCUAAUGAUAAGCUUGAAAUUGUUGUGAAAUUGUCUAAAAAGAAGCAAAAUUGUAUUUAUAAAACAAUUUCCAGCUUGAAAUUAGUAAUAAAUAAAUAAAUAAAUAAAUAAAUAAGUCCAGAAAUAAGCUAAGUACACUUAGUAUAUUUCUUAUAUAAUAAUCUCUUAAUGAGAAAUAUUUGAUAAAUUUGGCUUUAUUUAGGGUACUUUCACUAUGUUAUAAUGUAUUGGAGUGAAGUAUUCAUUAGACAUCCAGGAAAUUUGUUCCUUGUUGAUGACUGGCAUUUAAACACUAUUUAACUCAGGACCUGUUGUUUCUCGAGUGAGUGUGUAGUAGACGUUCACUCCACUGACCUGUUGCAUGCCAUGUAUCUGAAGGGCCGUGCAGGUAUUUCAGCCAUGUAGGUGUUUAAAUCAAAGCCGGCCUUAGCCGUCAGUGAGGGAGGAGUUGUUGUGGGACGCAGUUCGAGGGGUAGGGCCUGCGUUUGAAAUAUGGUUGGUAGAGUGCGUGUUAUCUUUUCUCCUCGGCAUCAGGCGUCCAGCACCGGUGUGUCAUCAGUUACAGCCCGGAGCUGGCACUGACUCAAAGUGUGUGUGGGGUGGGGGGAGAGAUGCUAGGAAAUGCAAUCCAUAUGGUGGCACUAUAAAACCUAGCACAUCCAUAUCCAUAGUCCAAGAUCAUCGCUGCACUCUUCAAUAAACCAUCAAGUCAAUAACUCUCAAUUCUUCACAGCGGCCACGGUGGUCCACACAACAGAAGACUUCUCCAGAGAACAAGGUGACCAGGACCGGGUGACUAUAAAGGGAGGUCCUGCUGCAUUUAAUAUGAAGAUCCUGUGUCAUGUAAUAUUCCUGCUCAUGCUGGGAGGCAUUUAUUGCCAGAACAACCGAAAUGCCAAACCAAGCGGUAGAGCGGCUAAAAAACCCAGCAGUCCGUCUGCAGAGGUCGGCCCGGAUGAUGACCUUGCAACAAGUUCUGGCAAAGAGACGCGUGCGGGGAACCAGCAGACAACAUCCACUACCAGUGAAAUGAAGCUGAACCUCCUGAGGAACACGCCGGCCACGUGCAAUGACGGCACUGCGGCUGGGUUUUACCUAAAGGAGUUCAAAGGAAGCAAGAGGUGGCUGAUAUUUUUGGAGGGUGGUUGGUGCUGUUACAACAAAGAGACCUGUGAUUCCAGAUAUAAAAAUAUCCCUCGCCUGAUGAGCUCAACUGACUGGCCACAGACACGCAAAGGAAGUGGAAUCUUGUCUUCACAAGCUGAUGAGAAUCCGCACUGGUAUAAUGCCAACAUUGUGUUUGUCCCUUACUGCUCCAGUGAUGUGUGGAGUGGUAACAAACCAGCAGCAAAGAUCAAACAGGCGAAAGAAACAGAGUACUCCUUCAUGGGAUCUGUGAUCAUCCGGGAGCUGAUCAAAGAGCUUGCAUCAAAAGGACUGAAACAGGCCAAAGUGGUGAUGCUGGCUGGAACGAGUGCUGGAGGUACAGGUGUGUUGUUGAACAUCGAGAAGGUGGCCAGUCAGCUGGAGCAGCUCGGUGCAGAUGUGCAGGUUCGAGGCUUGGUCGAUUCCGGAUGGUUUUUGGAGAGCAAGCAGCAGAAGACCCCAGAUUGUCCAGACAGUCUCUCUUGCACUCCGGUUGAUGCUAUCAAAAAAGGGUUACGAAUGUGGAAUGGAGUUAUUCCAGACAAGUGUAAGCAGCACUACAAGCGAGGCGAGGAGUGGCAAUGCUUUUUCGGACACAAGCUGUACUCCUUCUUGAGCUCUCCACUGUUUGUGGUUCAGUGGCUUUUUGAUGAGGAACAGUUGCGCGUGGAGAAUAUUUACGUGGGUGGACAGUCUCUUUCCGAGCAGCAGUGGACCUACAUGCAGAAUCUCGGGAAAGAACUGAAAAACUCCCUCAGAGAUGUCACCGCUGUGUUUGCCCCAUCCUGCCUGUCCCACACACUGAUAACUAAAAGUAACUGGAUGGACUUCCAAGUGAAGGGCACGUCUCUAUCUCGCGCUCUCCAGUGCUGGGACAGAAGCCUUCAGGAGGCCAACAAGAACAGCAAGACAGCACUGAAAGGCUGCCCUUUCCACCUGAUUGACACGUGCCAAUGGCCACAGUGCAACCCGACGUGUCCGGCGCUUAUCGACCAGGUUACGCAGCAAGAGAUGACCCUGCUCCAGGUGCUGGCCAGUAUGGGUGUGGACCUGCAGAAACUUGGUCUGGACACACGGCGAGACAGCAGCGCUUCCUCCAGCAUGAUUAGCAACGGUGGCUAAGGAGCGAUAGUUGAGUGAUAGUAGAGUUUGCUCAGUGGCAACCCUUAGAGUCACUCUUUUGUGUUCCAAAGAGGAUGAGAUCUUUGAGCCGUGAAUAUGUAUUUGGAUUUCUGUGCCAAACGUGUGCAAGUAGGAUGGACUUUUGGGAAUGAAGCAUGAGUUAUGAUUAUGUAUCUAGUCACAGUUAAUCCAUAGUUAACCUGCAACUCGUGUAUUAGGAGAUUAGGAGGGUUGAAGAGACAUUGAAUUCAAACAAGACAUCUGCUUUAUUCAAACAAGACAUCUUUGUACAGGAAAUGCCUUGCCUCAAGAGGAAAGAGAGCAUGAGAUGAGAAUAGCAGUGCAUUCUAGAGAUCUUUUCAGACUGGAUUUAAUAAUAUACACACCUGGAAACCCUGCUAAUCAGUACUCCAUACUGUACCCAAGGUGCAUAACAUGUUCGGGUUUGGUAGCUCAUAUUGCUAGCCUGAUAGUCAGACCGAAAUGACAUACCUAAAGGUUUUCUAUUUAUUAUCUUUUGUCUUAGUUGAGAAGAGUGUGAUAUCCUUUCAGUUAUGAAUAUUUACUGGUAUUAAAUGCCACAUAGUAAGAUUAUUUAUAUAUUAUAUAUUCCACAUUUUCUUGUAUUUCCUGAAUAUCAAGUAAAAUAUAUUGCAUUAUCAUGAAUGUAAAUCAAGUGCCUCUGACAUUUAUAGGCUGCUGAACACUAAUAAAUGUGUAAUAGAA